CGCGGCGCCCGCCUGCAGACCGCCUCCCCGUGCGGUACUUCCGGACCCCGCCGUCGCCCUUUUAAGAGGCAGCCCCCAGCAGCGCCCUCUCCCGCCCCUUGUUGCCGGCGCGAGAGGCGGGGGAGCCGGGCAGGAGAAGAGAGCGCUGUCCGCGCGGCCACUGGAGACCGGGCGGCCGGCGGCCGGGCAGGCGGCGGCGGCGGCGGAUGGGGACUCGGAGCCGGGCGACUGUGGCGGCUGUGGCUGUGGCGGCGGCGGGGAAGCAGCUGACGGGCCGGCGGCGGCGGCGGCGCUGGCGGCGGUGACUGGUCCAGGCCCCGGCGGCGGCUGCAGCGACACGGUGGCGGGCUGCGGGCUGGCGGCGUGAGGAGCGGCGGCGGAGAGCCGAGUGGCCGGGAACCGAGGGCACCGGGCCGCCCCUUGCCCAGUCCUUGCAGGCCGCCAGGCCCCCUCCAGCCGGGGCCGUGGAGCACCGGGGCAAAGGCCGGGGCCCUCCCAUGAAGGAGCGCGACGCGGCCCCGGCCGAGCGGGGCAAGCCGGCCACCUACACCGGGGACAAGAAGGCGAAGAUGGCGGCCAAGACCAACAAGAAGUGGGUUCGACUCGCCACCGUGUUCGCUUACGUGCUCUCGGUGUCGCUGGCCGCCAUCGUGCUCGCCGUCUACUACAGCCUCAUCUGGCAGCCGGUGGGCGCCGGGACCUCGGGAGGAGCCGCCGGCCCGCCCCCCGGCGGCUCCAACGCCACCGGCCCGUCCGGGACUUCAGGGGCGGCGGCUGCGGCGGGGCCCAACACCACGGGGUCGUCCCGCCGCGAGGCGCCGCGCGACGCGCCCCCGCUGCAGGCGGCGCGGCCCGUGUCUCCUGAGCCUUCUGCCGACAGACCCCUGGCCGGGCCGCUGGAGCAGCCGCAGGGGGCCGAGGAGGACGAGAAGGAAGCGGCGGCGGCGCCCGGGAGUCGUUGAACCCCUCCGUGCCAGGGGUGGCCGGAAACCAUCCUCCCCAAGCCCGGAGGCAGGACUUUGCAGCAGGACCGGGCGGGGAGCCCGCGGAGUGACCCCCGCGGGAGUGAACGCCUCCCUUCCCCCGACGAUCGCGCGCUCGCCGCAGGGGCGAGGGGCCUGAAGUCGGAUCUUCAGCCAAGGGACCACGAUUCUCCGGGGGUUCGGUGUUUUGUCUUCCUAGGACCGUGCUGCGCCAGGGCCCUGAGCCAUAAGGGGGAUGGGGGGGGCGGUGGGGAGAUCCCAGCACCGAACCCUUCUGCGCCGCUAGCUCUUCGGUAUCUUACGUGGAGGGGUGACUCGGGCUUUCCCCCAAGACUCAGGGGAAGGAGGGAGCUGUAGGGGCUCUUCUUUAAUAAGCCGAAGCUCUCGCAAGGAGGAGGGCACCAAAAGUAGUGGAGCUCAGAAUCCUUUGAACUUGCAAGAGAACAUCUGGGAGUCCAAUCCCCUGUCCCCAUCCUGACCCCUGCAGUCUGGACUGUUUAAUCCACGUUGGGAUGGAUCAGAGUCUAGAGAAACCACUCGUGGAUCCAGCUGCUGGUCGGUCUCCUGACUCUCUGACGCCUUCACUGGAAUUGGGACAUUAGCUCCAGCUCUAGCUGUGAGUGUGACCAGAGACAUUAUUUAUAAUCCAGCCAUUUAAGAUAUACCUGUACUCAAAAAGUCCUGUAUAUUUUUUAAAAGUUUUAUUUUUCAGGUGAACAAAAAUACAUUCUAAGAACUCUA